UCUCAGGUUAACAACGGCUAAUUCGUCGCCCAUGACGACGGUGCAUCCAAACUUGCUUGAAGUGAAUUAAGGCAAAGUUGUUGACGCAUUAGAGAGUGAAGAGGAGUGAAGUGAAGAAGACGGGAAGCGACGAAAAGCACCACCGCCAUGAGUCGUCACUGGGCCUACAGCCAGCAGAGGUUAAUGUCUCAGCGGCAGAACCAGGAGCAGCUCCGGCAGCAGGAGGCCAAGCGCGUAGACCGAGAGAGGACGCUGCAGGCCGGGCUGCAGGGCGAGGAGGGCUUCGAGAGGAGGAGGCACCAGAGACAGGUGCAGGAGGAGCUCAAGGAGAGGCAGAUGGAGAGCGCUCUGCUGAAGGCAGAGGAGGACAGAAUAAACAGGGAAAAGCAACUCGAGCAAGAGGAGAGAAUGGCUAAGGAGCUGGCCCGCAUCAACUUUGAGACACAAAGAGAGGAGAAAAUGAGACAGUAUAUCAAAGAGAACAGCAUGGAGCUUCGAGAACUUGAGUCAAAGCUGAAAUCUGCAUAUUUGAAUAAGGAAAGAGCUGCACAGAUGGCUGAGCAGGAAGUUAUGAGGUUUGAGACAAUGCGUGAGGAGGCCGACUUAGCCCGCAAGAUGAAGAGCGAGUAUGAGCGAGCAGGCAUUGAGAAGCAGAAACUGGAGCAGAAACGCCAAGAGGAGCUGGUGCAGUGUCAGAGGGAGCUGGAGAAGCAGCUUGUUGAGCGGGAGCGCAGGAGACAAGAGGCAUACGAAGAGUUCCUCAAAGAGAAGCUCAUGGUUGACGAGAUUAUCAGGAAGAUUUACGAAGAGGAUCAGAUGGAGCGACAGCUGAAACUGGAGAAGGUCAAAGCCACUCAGCAACACAUUGAAGAAUUCAAGAAACAACAGGCCGAGUGGAGACGCAUGGAGCAAGAAAAGAUGGAGGCCGAGAACAAACGCAUCAAGGAGUUUGUGACCAAUCGGGAGCACAUGGAGGAGAACAGAAUGGCUAAGAUCAGAGAGAAAGAAAAAGGAAAAGAGCAUCUACAUAAAAUACUGUCUGAGAAGAUUGAAGAGGAGAGGCGGCAGCGUGAAGAGAUGGAGCAAGUUCGUGAGGAACUUUAUUUAGAAGAACAGGAAGAGGCUAACAGGCAGAGAGACAUUGAACAGAUGGAGAAGAAAAUCAGACAGAGGCUGAUGAUGCAGCAGACCUGCCAGCAACAGAUGGCUUUCAAAGAGAUGCGAAGGCAUGCAGAGAAAGAGGAAGAGGAGGCCUUCAGGAAAAUGAUGAUGGCUAAGUUUGCAGAAGACGAUCGGUUGGAGCAGAUGAACGCCCAGAAAAGACGCAUGAAGCAACUUGAGCACAAACGGGAGGUGAAAAAACUGACGGAGGACAGGAGACGGCAGCAUGAGGCUGACAUGGAACUGGAGGCUAAAGAGAGAGCCAUUGAGCAGGAGAGAGAGGCGCUGCGUCGGCAGAUAGUUGAAGAGGAGAGGCAGCGACUUCUUAAAUGCCACGCAACCAAACUCAUUGGUUACCUACCAAAGGGCUUGCUCCGUGAAGAUGACCUGAAGCACUUUGAUGAAGACUUCAGAAAAAACUUUAAAACACGUCAGGCAGAUAUCUUGUCUGAGGACGGCUGGGAUGACGAUGAGUAAAUUGAAUACUAUGCCACUAGAUGGCAGUUU